AUGGCUGAAGAGUAUUGUUCAACUAGUAUUCCAAUGGUCGUGGAUUCGAUAGCGUGUACUUCAGUCCGAAUUAAACAUCUGCACCAUGCUUCCCGGCAAUGGCUGACUGUCUUAGAAAUAACCCACAGUCGAGGUAACACAACCUGGUGCAUCAAUGCGAUGGACAGUGUUUCCAAGCGAAUUAAGUCGAAACUUAUGAUACAUGAGUACGGCGAAAGCGGUGUUGCCGUCUUCGAAAAAGCUGCGUGUAACAUGAAACUGUUACUACCAGCCCCGCCCUCAAAGGAGUAUCGUACAGAGCUUACAUGGGAUUCAAGCUACAUACAGGACGGCCCACCGAAUCCCGAGAACAAUACACCCAUUGAGCUUCUGAAGACGUCCCAGAGUAGAAUUUGA